AUGCCGGGAGAGAUAUAUUGUCCAUGGACGCCGGCGAGAUCACCGGUGGAGAUGACGUCUCCUUGUAGAAAGAGCAAAUCGACAGGAUCGUCUUCGACGUCGACAUGGUCGAGGAGACGUUGGAGAAUCAGAAACCUGCUCACGAGAAGUCGCAGCGACGGGAAAGAAACACUCGAGUUCUUGAACACGAGCCCUGUUGACAACAUAGACAAAUCUUGUUCUUCUUCUCCUUGUCCGAAGAACAAGGAGACGGUGAAGACGAAGAGCAAGAAGAAGGAGAAGGAGAAAGUUUCAGUUUCAGCACAUGAGAAGUUUUACUUGAGGAACAAAGCAAUGAAAGAAGAAGACAAGAGAAAGUCAUAUCUACCGUACAAGCAAGAACUUGUCGGACUUUUCUCCAACAUUCACCGACACGGCAAAGUUUCUUCUCCGUUCUGA